CAAUGGUGUAGAUACUGCAAUCUGUGACUCCUGUUCUUUGGUUGUUAAAGUUAUUUAUGACGCAGAAACACUGGCUGACACCCUUGAAAGAUUGAAAAAUAAAUAUAAGCAAAAGAAAGCACAAAAACUAACUAAUUAAGGUAUCAAAGUUGGAGUAAAAUAUUUUUAUAUAUUAAGUUAACAUAAAAUUAUUUGUAAAAAAUGUCGGGAAGAGGACGUGGAAGAGGUGGUGGUGGAGGACGCGGUGGUAGAAAUGCAGUAAGCGAUCCAACGGUCGCUAAUCAAAAACAAGAAGAAAAAAUGAAAAUAGUAACACAGCCACCACCAAUUUACCCACCGCUAGAAAACAAAGCACCUAAACCCCAGAUAACCGCUGAGUGGUCAUAUUUGUGUGAACUAAGGCGUGACUUUGCUGAGAGUCUUCACGAGUCAAUCAACAAUGUCGAGAUAAUUGCUGUCAAAAAAGAUAUUGAACGUUACUCCGAUCGGUACGCUGAUAUAUUGACCAACAAAUCCCGGUAUGACGAAUUCUGUGACUGGUCAAUAAUGCCCCGGGAGCUGAAACCCGUUGAGAAGAAACGCAAAGCUGCAGAUCCAGUCCAGGAUGUCAAGGCAAAGAAAGUGAAAGAGAUAAAAAUAGACGAAAAAUUAGCAAAACUUGAAGCUCUUGAGGAGUCGAAGAAAGACAACGAUGACGAAGAAGAGAAAGCUAAGAGUGGGGAUGAAGAUGAUGAAGAAGAAAAAGAUGCUGAGGAAGAUCUCGAAGACGAAGAAAUGGACGACGGCACUGAUUACGCAAAUAAUUACUUCGAUAACGGCGAAGGAUAUGACGACGAGGAUGAUAAUCUUGAUGACGGUGCUGUUUUUAAUUAACGGUGUUUAUUAAUUACAAUUUAUUAAAUAAUUGUUGAGUUGAUUUUUUUUUUUAAAUUAAAUUUAAUUACUCUGUAUUAAUGAUCAUGCAGGCUUUUGUUAUUCUAAUUACUAAUUAGGAUAAUUUAAUUCUAGUUAUAUUAAUAAAAGGAUUAAAAUUAUGAAUUAAAUAUAAGUAAAAUUAUUCAAAGGACAAUUUACUAAUUAAUUAUCAAUUGAUAUAAAUUAUUUCGAGUCACAGGAAGCGUCGGCGUUUUUUUAUUACGAGUAUUUCAAUUUCUAAUAAUUCAUAAUAAUAUAUUAUAUUAAUAAUAAUAAUAUAUAUACAUAUAUGUAUAUAUAUUUUCUUAUAUAUAUACUAUAUAUAU